GCGGGUGCGCCUGAGUCCUCGUGACGUCACUUUCAGGCGACCGGAGGGUUCCGCUGCGGCGCUAUGAGCGGGGACGAUGAGGUGAAUCUCCUAGUCGUGGUUGUGGAUACUAACCCUAUCUGGUGGGGAAAGCAAGCACUGUUGGGCUCAGAGCUUACAUUAUCAAAAUGUCUCGACGCAACCAUGGUGUUGGGAAACUCCCACUUAUUUAUGAACCGCAACAACAAACUUGCUGUGAUAGCCAGUCAUAUACAAGAAAGCCGUUUCUUGUAUCCUGGAAAACACUGGGCAGUUCUCGAUCUCUUUGGAGAAUCCGGAGAAUCGAAUAUUUCUGGCAGCAAGGAUGGAAAAUAUGAAUUAUUAACCACCAUAAAUGAAACCAUUGCAGAGGAGUUAAAGGACCUGAUGACCAAUACUGAAGUAAAGGGUCAGCAGACAGAAACAUUGCUGGCUGGAUCUCUAGCUAAAGCACUUUGCUAUAUUCACAGGAUAACAAAAGAGAAUAAAGCCAGCCAGGAAAUAAAGUCCAGGAUUUUGGUCAUAAAAGCUGCUGAAGAUAGUGCAUUGCAAUAUAUGAACUUCAUGAAUGUGAUCUUUGCGGCCCAGAAACGGAAUAUUUUGAUUGAUGCCUGCGUGUUGGACUCUGAUUCAGGACUUUUGCAGCAGGCGUGUGAUAUUACUGGCGGUAUCUACUUGAAAAUUCCCUACAAGCCCUCUCUUCUGCAGUAUUUGCUGUGGGUUUAUCUGCCUGAUCAAGAACAGAGAUCCCAGCUGAUCCUUCCACCCCCUGUUCAUGUUGACUAUCGUGCUGCCUGCUUCUGUCACAGGAAUCUCAUUGAAAUUGGUUACGUCUGCUCAGUGUGUUUGUCAAUAUUCUGCACCUUCAGUCCCAUUUGCACCACUUGUGAGACUGCUUUCAAGAUUUCGCUGCCAGCUGUCAUGAAAUCUAAGAAAAAGAAACUGAAAGUAGCUAUGUAGCUACAUCAUCCAUUGCUGUUGUUUCGUGCAUGGAAUCCUGUAUCCCAGAUUGUAACUAUAAAGCUACAAAAGUGGGGUGCCAGAAACCAAAAUGUAUAUUGGAAUGAACAACAAAGGGCUAAUUAUUUCAAACCAGUGCAUAAAUUGUCUAGAACACGGUUCUAAAGGGUUAUAAAAUCAGGGUGUUUCAUCUGCCACUGGCUCGAACCAACGCCUGAAAUCAGAAGAGGAGGAAAUAAAGCAAAGAUGGUAUGUAAAGUUCAGCUCAUGUAUCAUACAUAGAGAAAUCAAAUCUUGACACCUUAAUUCCAAACAAAGCCCCUUUUAUUUAAGUAAAAAUCUUAACGGACUGAAAUUUCAGGGCUCCUGGGCUGGUCCUGCAGAAGCUCUCUUGGAUUCACAGAAAUGGUCUGAUUUAGAGACGCGUUAGGGUCAGAAUUGCUGUAAGCUACAUUUUUCAAUAUGGUUAAUAGCAGGUCUAAAAGAUGUCCAUUUCCCCUUCUUGACGGCAGUAACUGCAUCUGUUUUAAGAGUAUCUCAGUUUCUUGUUUUUGGCUAGAUUUAUGUUAACCCAAAGCAACACAAUUUAUUCCAAUGGGAUUCUCAAGACUCCUUAAUAAUCGUGGUAGUAAAAAUAGCCUGCAGGCUUCUCUCUUAGGGAUAGUGAAGAUCUCAGUAAUAAUGCCUUCCAUGUAGGCAAAUCUGCUCAAAACAGGUUGCUUGAUUUUGAGAAGAAGCAAGAGUUCAUCUUCCAUCUUGGUUUACACACAAGCAACUUUAACAUGCGUUUUAUUCUGUCUCUCCAUUGGCAUAUCUCUUUAGCAUGAACAUCAGCACAGCCAAAACGCCAUUCAUUCCAUCCUUUAAAUAUUGUGACCCUUUUUUGAACCAAAAUAUAAAGACUUUUUCUCUUAUUUGGGGGUCCCUUACUUCCUAGAAAUAAUUUAAUUUGUUUAAUUUAUUGAGAUACCUAUUUUAUACAAAACAUUUUACUGUUGGCUAGUUGAAUGCUGUGAUUGUUUAACAGUCUUUUCCAUUGCUCCUUAAUAAAUGUUCCUAAGAAGAGAGAAAAACUUUCAGUGCUCUAUUCUUUAUGAAAUCUAACUCAACCGCAGAUCAUACGUUAAGUUCAUAAAAUUCAUUAACAUCCAAUAAAUGCCAGGAAAAAGAGGCUGAAUUGUACUAGUCGGUUUCGUAAUUAGUUAAUUCAAUUCAUCCUUUUUAGUCAUUAUAAAAGGAAGAGCAAGACCAGUGGUUGGUAUACAAAUGACAAAGCAGCUUCAGAAAUUAGUCAAGUUAUUCCAGUUUGAGUGUGAAAAGGACUAGCUCUGAAGAGGACUUUGGGAGUCUUUGGGGGACAAGGGGUGGCCCAUUACUGACCAUUGCUCUCAGGAUUAAUUUCUUUGUUACAUGUAGAUCAAACUGCCUUUCCAUUUCUCAAUUUUUUUCAGUGUGCCCAAGUCCUCGAUUUCAAGUAUCUUUAGUCAUCAUAGUAAUAAGAAAUACUUGGACUUGAGCUUGGAACUGGAAAAUUGGUCCAAGAAGGAUACCCCGUGAAAAACCAGCCCUGGUCAAGACUAGCUGCUGUGCCUUGCAGAUCAUUUAAUUCAUUAACGAUCUGAAAAGGGAAACCAUUCAACCAGUUUCCUAGUUACAAAAUCCUCCUUUCUUGCUUGCAACCAAUUCCGUGGUAGAUAUUAGGCGAAUAGCCCGUGACCCACUUGUAUUCUUCUGUUGAGUAGGAGGAUCUUGAUUUGCCCUCUUUUGACCUGAUCUCUUGUCUUUGCGUGUUGCUAACAGAAUUAUAUAUAUUGCUAACUCAGCUUUCAGCUGGCCUUGCAAGAUGUGUUGCGCUCGAGGCUGAGCACAUGGGGUUUAGUUUUCAAUUGCAAAUGUUCAUUCCUUUCUGGGCAGCCUCGCGUGACCCAGGAGCUGUGGGCUGGUUCUUGGUUCUUGACUGCAAAUUCUUGCCUUGCAGAGAUUUGUACCUGUUGGUCGGUAGAAUGU